AUGACAGGCGACGACGACAUUGUCCGGGCGCACGCCCAUGACGCCGGCGACUCGCAGAAGCCCAGCAUCGAGAGCCUCGAGCAGCCGGCCUCGCCUCGCCUCGAUGCCUCCUCCCACAUGGACCCGGCGCGCCGAGCCGUCGUCGAGAAGCGCAUGAGGCGCAAGCUCGACGCCCGCUGCGCCCUCUUUGUCCUCAUCUACGUCCUCAACUACCUCGACCGCAACAACAUCGCCGCCGCCCGCCUCAAGGGCCUGCAGGACGACCUCGGCCUCGACAACACCCAGUACGCCACAUGCCUCAGCAUCCUCUACGUCGGCUACAUCCUCAUGCAGGUGCCCUCCAACAUGUUCAUCAACCGCAUCCAGCGCCCCUCGCUCUACAUUGCCGGCGCAAUGCUGCUCUGGGGCGUCAUCUCCACCCUCAGUGGCGUCGCGCACAACUUUGCCGGAAUGGUCGCCACCCGCUUCUUCCUCGGCUUCGUCGAGGCGGCCUUUCUCCCGGGUGCCCUGCUUCUGCUGUCCAAGUGGUAUACCCGUCGUGAGCUGACGACUCGAAACGCCAUUCUCUUCUGCGGCAAUCUCAUCUCAAACGCCUUCUCCGCCCUCGUCGGUGCCGGCGUCCUCUCCAACAUGCAGGGCAUCCUCGGCCACGCUGCUUGGCGCUGGCUUUUCUUCAUCGAGGGAGCCGCCACAAUGGCCGUUGCCGUCGCCGCCGCCCUCAUCCUGCCCGACCUGCCGCACAACACCCGCGGCUUCACCGACGAGGAGAAGCUCGUCGCCCAGCUGCGCAUGACCGAAGACGUGGGCGAGGCAGAUACCGACUCGGCUGACCAGGGUGCCUUUGACGGCCUCUUCAUGGCCCUGAGAGACGCCAAGAUCUACAUCAUGAUGCUCACCUUCACCGCCUAUGUCGUUGGCCUGUCCUUUAACGCCUUUUUUCCCACCCUCACCGGCACUCUGGGCUUCGACUACGUUCCGACUCUGUUGAUGAGCUCUCCCCCUUGGGUAUUUGCCUGUAUCGUUUCCAUUGCCGUGUCCUGGCACUCUGACCGGACCCAAGAGAAGUUCUGGCACAUUGCCGCACCUCUGCUCCUCGGCAUCGUGGGAUUUGCCAUCAGUAUGGCGACGCUCAACGUGGCAGCCCGCUACGUGGCCCUCUUCCUCCAAGCGUCCUCGUACGCGGGAUACAUUGUAUUUUACUCGUGGAUCAGCUCUUCCUUCCCCCGACCCCCGGCCAAACGAGCGGUUGCCAUCGCCAUGAUCAACGGCUUCAGCCAGCUUGGCAAUGUAGCCGGGUCCUACGUCUGGGAUCUGAAAGACAACGGCUACCGAAAAAGCUACGGCAUCGUGCUGUCCAUGUUUUGCGUCGCCAUCGCCGGCUGCUGGGUUUUCAGAAUGACGUUGGCCGGGCUGAACAAGGAGCUCGAGGACAGCGAAGGCCGGGACAGUGCUCAGCAGCCCGGAGAGCACGAGUUCACGGCGAGCCCCGACGAGGCUUUGCGAAUGAGGAAGGGAUUUAGGUACCUGUUAUAA